UUUUACUUACGCCGCCGCCAUAGGAAUUUCCAACGCGGGGCCUUGGUCCGUACUGUAUUCGACGCGGGGCACGGGGUCCGCGGAGCUCGGGACCCCUGGGACCCAGGAAUGGAGUCUGUGACCUUUGAGGAUGUGGCUGUGAACUUCACCCUGGAAGAGUGGGCUUUGCUGGAUCCUUCACAAAAGAGGCUCUACCGAGAUGUGAUACAGGAAACCUUCUGGAACCUGGCUGCUAUAGGAAAAGACUGGAAGGAGCAAAACUUUGAAGAUGAAUAUGAAAAUUCAAGGAGAAAUCUAAGAAGUCAAGUGGUAGAGAGUUUCUGUGAAUAUAAAGAAAGUAGUCAAUGUGGGGAAAUCUUCAGCCCGCUUCCAGAUCCUAUUGUGAACAUGAAAACUUUUCCUGGAGUAAAACUAGGUGAAAGUCAUGUUUGUGGAAAUGUCCUUAUUGUUCCUUCAUUCCUAAAUUUGUCCCUCAGGGAGGACACUGAGCAGGAACCAUAUGUGUAUGAGGAAUAUGGAGAGAUGUUGGAUAAAUUUGAGGAACAUGGGAACGCCUUCCGUUUUCCCCAGUGGUUUCACAUGUAUGAAAGGACUCCAGCUGGAGAGAAACCCUAUGAAAGUGAACCAUGUGAUAACUUUAGGUGUCUCAGUUCUCUUCAAAACCAUGAAAAGAUUCUCUGUGGAGAGAAACAGCAUGAAUAUAAGCAAUGUGGGACACUCUUCAGGAGUCACAGUUACGUAGUUCUUUUCGAAGACAUGUACGAACUCACAGUGGAGAGAAACCCUACAUAUGUAAGCUAUGUGACAAGGCCUUCAGUUGUUCCAGGUCUCUUCAAAGACAUGAAGAAGCUCACAAUGGAAAGAAACGUUAUGUUUGUAAGCAAUGUGGGAAAACUUUUAGUUCUACUAGUUACAUUCGAAUACAUGAAAAAUCUCACACUGGAGAAAAACCUUACGUAUGUAAGCAAUGUGGGAAACCCUACCACAUUCCCAGGUCUCUCAGAAAACAUGAAAUAA